AUGUCCAACUCGAAUGAGUACUUCAGCAAGCAAAGGGACUUGCUCCUACAAGAGAUAUCGGAGAACUUGACUCAAGUGGUACAGAACUUGGAUACAUUGAACAGAUCGAUGAAUGAAAGUCUACAGAUUGGGAAAGAAUUCGAUGAUGUUGGGCGGUUAUGGGCCGUGUUUUACGAUGGUGUCAAUGAGUUGCGGAAUAGACAAGAUGCCGAGGAGCUGAACAAGGCAGAAUCGAACCGGGGUUGA